AUGUCAGCGGCGGUUGUCGCGCAAAAAGUAGCCGAACUGCGCGAUGAUGCGCAGACUAUAGCACAAGAGCAAAGAAACGAGACAGUGCGAGAGAUUUUCGAGCGCCUGGACGACAAUGGCAGCGGCUCGCUGGACCGAUCUGAAGUCCGAAGUUUGCUGCGGCAGCUCAACAAGGGCCAGCCGCCGACGGAGGAGGAGCUCACCUUUGUCAUGAAGAUGGCAGGUGAGGGGUCAGUGCAGCCAGGCAGGGCAAGAGCAGACACCAGAAGUCUUGAGAUUGGCAAGGACAAUCUUAUGUCUGCCGUGACGUGCUGGCGAAUCUACCAAUCCUCGUUUGCGGAUGACAAAAGCAUGGGCGUGAUCCUUUUCAAGAAGUUCGAUCCGGAGAGUACUGGAAGGCUAGAUCGGGAGCAGCUCAAGGCUCUACUCGAAGAGCUCAGUGCCGAAGAGGAGGUGACCGAGGAGGACGUAGAUUUCGUUCUUGAUCGUGCAGACAUUCUGCGAGAUGGUACGAUCUCAAAGAUGGAGCUGAACCAGGCAAUAGCUGCUUGGUACCAGCGACAGAACAUUAAAGUCAGCGAGCGUGCUUCACUAUCUCAACGGAGCUCGGUGUGCAACAUACUCUGA